AUGGGCCUCCAGAGAAUUCCGUCCUGCCAUCUCCUGAUGCCGAACUUCUGCCCAUCGCUGGCUGACCGCCUCAUUGUCUCACUGACUCUGACCCCAUGCCCCUGCCCGGCCCCUAGUCUGGCCAGAGCAUUCCGUCUGCUCUCCCUCCCGUUGUGCCCGCACCCCCACCCCCUCCCGCCUCCUUUGAAGGGCCAGUCUGCUCUGGGGCACAGCGUCCCGGACGAGAACAGUGCCCCCCGAAGAGCUCACUGUGGCCUCACUGGCCCCCAGAAGCCCCCUAAGGAGUCCCAGAGGCUGCUGGGCCUUGGCAGGGAAGUCUCCCGAUCUCCAAACAUUCUGGGGACAGGUGUUACUCCCCCAAAUCCCAGCCGGCCCACAAGAAAUCUCCUGAGUGCCCUACCGGCCGACCCCAUGGUGCGCGCGCCCGACCUCCUGGCGGCCCUCCUGCGCCUGGGCCUGGGGGUGGUCCUGACCCUCCCGGGGGCGGGCGCGGCGGGCUGCAGGGCGCUCGGCCCCGCGGAGCGCCUGGCUUUCGCCCCGGCGGCCAGGGCCCGCUGGCUGGCCCCUCGCGCCCGCGCCCCGGGCCCCCUGGACUCCCUGUACGGCACCGUGCGCAGCUUCCUCUCCGUGGUGCAGCUCAACCCCUUCCCCGCGGAGCUCAUAAAGACCCUGCUGAAUGAGCCGGCCUCUGUGAAGGUGGAUGAGGUGUUGCGGUACCAGGCGGGCUACCUGGUGUGCGCUGUGAUCGCCGGCCUCUACCUGCUGGCGAUGCCCGCCGCCGGGCUCUGCUUCUGCUGUUUGCGCUGCCGCCGGCGCUGCGGGGGUCGAGUGAAGAUGGAGCACAAGACGAUGGCCUGCGAGCGUGGUGUCCUCAUGACCUUCCUGCUGCUGACCACCCUCGUGCUGCUGAUCGGUGUGGUCACUGCCUUUGUCACCAACCAGCACAUGCACGAGCAGAUGGGCCCCAGUGCCGCGGCUGUGCCGGAGGCUCUGCUCAGCCUCCGGGGCCUAGUUUCCGAGGUCCCCCAGGAGCUGCAGGCUGUGGCAGAGCAGUUUUCCCUUCCUCAGGAGCAAGUCUUGGAGGAACUGAAUGGUGUCGGCAGCAGCAUCGGGAAGGCGAUGCACUCCCAGCUCAAGAGCACCGUGUAUGAGGCGCUGGCCUCAGUGCUCAGCCUGGGCCAGGCCCUGCAGGUCUCCGUGGACCACCUCCGAGGCCUGAACGCCACCUCUGUGGAGCUGCAGGAGGGGCAGGACGCCCUGGCGCCGGCUCUCCACGGGCACCGGCAGCGCCUCCUGGCACUCCUGCGGGAGCCCCACUGCCAGGGCUGCGCAGGGGCCCUGAACAAAAGCCACACCCUGGAGCUGGGAGCAGACUUCAGCCAGGUGCCCUCUGUGGGCCACGUCCUACAUCGGCUGAAAGACGUCCCAGAGGCCAACUUCUACAGCAUGGUCUGGGAGGAGAACACCACCUUCAACGCCCUCCCAAUCCUGGCUGCCUUGCAGACGGCCGACAUGGUCAGAGAGCUGAAGAAGGUGGUAGCUGAGCAGCCCAGAGGGCUAAACACAAUGGCAGAAGCGUUCCCAGUCUGGGAGGCAGCUUCUCGCUGGAGCCAGGCCCUGGAAGAGGUCGAAGAGAGCAGCCGCCCCUUCCUGGAGGAAGUGCAGAGAUAUGAGAGAUACAGGUGGGCUGCAGGUUGCGUGCUGUGCUCGGUGGUCCUGCUCGUGGUGGUCUGUAACCUGCUGGGCCUCAAUCUGGGCAUCUGGGGGCUAUCUGCCAGAGAGGACCCCAGCCACUCGGAAGCCAAGGGUGAAGCCGGAGCCCGCUUCCUCAUGGUGGGCGUGGGCUUCAGCUUCCUCUUGGCUGUGCCCCUCAUCCUCCUCGUCUUCUCCACCUUCUUGGUGGGCGGCAACGUGCAGACGCUGGUGUGCCAGAGCUGGGAGAGCGGAGAGCUGUACGAGUUUGUAGACACUCCAGGGAACUUGCCACCGUCCAUGAACUUGUCCCAACUUCUUGGCCUGAAGAGGAACCUCAGCAUCCUCCUGGCCUAUGAGCAGUGCAAGCAAGGGGCCGCACUCUGGACUGUCCUGCAGCUCAAUGACUCCUAUGACCUGGAGAAGCACCUGGAUAUCAGCCAGUACACCGUCAAGCUGCAGCAGGAGUUGCAGAAGCUCAAAGUGGACGUGCAGAAUCUGGACCUGCUGAGCCCUGCCGCCCGCCGGGACCUGGAGGCCCUGCAGAGCAGUGGGCUCGAGGACAUCCACUACCCUGGCUUCCUUGUCGAGAUCCAGAAGCCAGUGGUGAAUAGCGACGUGGAGAAGCUGGCCCAGGAGCUGGAGGGACUGUCGCAGACCCAAGGCAAUGCUACGCUGGGGCAGAAGCUGCAAGAGGAGGCCCGAGGGCUCCAACACCUCCAUCAGGAGAAGGUCCUCCCGCAGCAGAACCUUGUGGCUAAACUCAACCUCAGUGUCCAGGCACUGGCAUCCUCUGCCCCACAUCUCCAGUCAGAGAUCAUAGGUGUCCUGGACAGAGUCACUUACCUGAAAGGCGAGCUGCCAACCCGGGCCACCCAUAUCCUGAGGAAUGAAAGUGAGUGUUUCCUGAUGCGGGAAAUGAGCUACUUCUCCCAGUACACAGCCUGGGUGAGAGAGGAGGUGACUCAGCGCAUUGCCACCUGCCAGCCCCUCUCCGGAGCCCUGGACAAUGGCCGUGUGAUCCUGUGUGACAUGGUGGCUGACCCCUGGAACGCCUUCUGGUUCUGCCUGGGGUGGUGCACCUUCUUCCUGAUCCCCAGCAUCGUCUUUGCUGUCAAGACCUCCAAGUACUUCCGUCCCAUUCGGAAACGCCUCAGCUCCACCAGCUCCGAGGAGACGCAGCUCUUCCACAUCCCCCGGGUCACCUCCCUGAAGCUCUAG